UAUCUACACUGGCGUGUGUGUUGAAACCUCGGAUUAUAUCUCCAUGUCUUUGUGAUAGCCUGGGAUUUUAUCAAAUAAGCACAGGUUAACCGAUGAAGGACAGUAGUUCUGACAGAGACACAGCUAGUCCCCAUGACAUGAGCGAGAGCCUCAAGCGGAAGAACCCGGAUCCAGAACUAAUACACGAUUCAGAAGAACUUUUUGCCGACUUGAGUCAAAUGCAGGAGACGUGGUUAGCAGAAGCCCGCUACACUUCGGGCACCGAAGAGGGUGAACAAUACGUCCCAGAAUUUGCAGCCAAUGGAAACCCUUACAUGAAGGUCAAGGCUGAACAGAAGUCGACCAACUGCUCCAAGCCUUGCAGUCAACUCGUCUCCAAACAAGCUGUAUCCGCCUCCAAGUUUGAAUAUGGAGAAAAAACAUUUGUAAACAGUCCAUAUGAACAUGCGACCCCAUCACCAACAGGAUCCGCGUGUUCUUCCGCCUCAGGAAAAGAGUCCGUGUCAUCGGGUUCCUACAAAGAAUCCUCUUUCAGUAACCAUACGGAGUUAUAUCCACCAGGGUCGGAGAGGUAUCAGCGAUCUCAUUCGGAACCAAGCAGCGGUUACACUACCCCUGAGCCCCGCCCACAAGCCUUCCCCAACCCCCCUCCAGUGCUGCCCCACCCCUACCAUCAACAAAUGCUGAAACACGACUAUGAGCGGAACUACGACAUGGGAAGAAAUCACGGGUACCCAUCUGCCCCGGCUGCUCACUCGGGAUCUCUGGCCAUCAAACAGGAACCACGGGAAAGCUCAUUUGAUGGAAGUCAGUGCUGUGAAAGUCUACGGCCCUGUCCUACCUUCCCCAGACCAGACUUCACCAACCAUGGCAGUCCUCAGGAAGGAAUGCCCUACCCGUAUGACAACACAAUGCGAUUUUUCUAUCACGACGAAUCAGCAUACUUCAGUCAUUUGAGAGAAAAACAUAAAGGUAUGGAAAUGAAGGCUGAGUUUUACAGGGAUCUGUAUCUUGAGCGCUAUCACCACAGAGAUGGUGCCCCGCCCACAUACCAGCGCCGUGGGUCGUUACAGUUGUGGCAGUUCCUGGUGGCGCUGCUGGAUGACCCGUCAAACUCCACCUUCAUUGCCUGGACAGGACGGGGACUGGAGUUUAAACUCAUCGAACCAGAGGAGGUGGCAAGACGAUGGGGAAUUCAGAAGAACCGCCCUGCUAUGAACUAUGACAAACUCAGUCGGUCUCUGCGAUAUUACUACGAGAAAGGCAUCAUGCAGAAGGUAGCCGGGGAGCUCUACGUGUAUAAAUUUGUCUGUGACCCAGAGGCUCUGUUUUCAAUGGCAUUCCCAGAUAACCAUCGUCCAAUCCUGAAAGGCGAACCAAACAAAGAGGACUUUUUAAAAUCAUCCAAUCAGCAGCUAGAUAAUCAGCCGCUGGCAUUAACGACGACACCCCCACAUGCCCACAAUCCUCACAUGUCCCACAGUAUGCGUGGCUUCAACAUGCCGUCCCAGCAUACAAACAGUCCCAUGACAGCGGAGCAACAUCGUCUACAAUAUAUGCAAGAAGUACAGCGAAUGUACGGCCCCGGCUCGUAUAUGGAGGGCUGUGUCUACUGACUAUAAAGAUGGACAACGUUUUCAAAUCUGUUACACAAUACUACAUCAGCUGGUACAUUUCUUAAUCUCAGUAUUCAUACUGGGACUGAGUAAUUUUGAAAUUUACUUACAAUGAUUAUGAUAAGGAGAUAACUGGGUGGUUUGAGUUUACCAGUGCUCAUUGAUCUCACAUAAGCAGUAAACAACCGAGGCCGACAUCACUUCAGGCUUCCCGCCUGCAUCAACACAGCUGACACACCUUGGUGUAAGAGGGGCGCACUCAGGGCCCACUUGCACAAAGUGAUCUUAGCGCUAAGACCGUCUUAAGCAUAUGUGAGAGUAUGGGAGUUACAUUUAGUGGAGCGCUAAGAUUGGUUUGGUGCAAGUAGACCCUGGUCAUCAAAGGUUCCACAAUAAGGUCAAGGGUAUAAAUGAUGUUGCAGUUUCUAUUUUAUCUGAGUCUGUGAGGUAACCUAGUCGUUAAAACAUCGGCUGAUCUGAGGCCCAGGUUUAACUCCCGUUUCAUCCACUAAAAAAGUAACCUAAGUGUGACCCUAGACUGAUGCUUAGUUUCUGAAUAUAUACAAUUUUGACAGAAACAAGGAAUUCCAUUUAAAUUGAAAAAGGAGCCCCAUUG